GCUGCUCCAAGCUUAGAAAUAAGCAACUACCCCUAUUACUGCUCUUCGACAGACCAAGAUUUAGUAAUUCUCACUCUGUAGAGCAAACCACAAAUCAGAUGCAAACUGAUUCCUUGUCUCCAUCUCCUAACACUGUGUCACCAGUGCCUUUAAACAACCCUACAAGUGCUCCAAGAUUUGGAACAGUCAUUCCUAAUCGCAUCUUUGUUGGAGGAAUUGAUUUUAAGACUAACGAAAAUGACCUAAGGAAGUUUUUUUCCCAGUAUGGCUGCGUAAAAGAAGUAAAAAUAGUAAAUGACAGAGCUGGAGUAUCAAAAGGGUAUGGUUUCAUCACAUUUGAAACUCAGGAAGACGCACAGAAAAUCUUACAAGAGGCUGAAAAACUAAAUUAUAAGGAUAAGAAACUGAAUAUUGGUCCAGCAAUAAGAAAACAGCAAGUAGGGAUUCCUCGAUCCAGUAUAAUGCCAGCAGCUGGAACAAUGUACUUGACUACUUCAACUGGAUAUCCUUAUACAUAUCAUAAUGGUGUUGCUUACUUUCAUACGCCUGAAGUUACUUCUGUUCCACAGCCAUGGCCUUCACGUUCUAUUUCCAGUUCUCCAGUGAUGGUAGCUCAGCCUGUUUAUCAACAACCUACAUAUCAUUAUCAGGCUCCUACACAGUGUCUUCCAGGACAAUGGCAAUGGAGUAUUCCGCAGUCUCCUGCCUCUCCCACUUCAUUCUUUUAUCUUCAUCCUUCUGAAAUCACUUAUCAGCCCCUAGAAAUUGCACAGGAUGGUGGAUGUGUCCCUCCUCCUCUUUCCCUAAUGGAAGCUGCAGUUCCAGAGCCAUAUUCGGAUCACGGAGUUCAAGCAGCAUAUCACCAAGUUUAUGCUCAAAGUGCCAUAGCCAUGGCAGCCCCUGUGAUGCAACCUGAGUCUGUUAAAGAAGCCAGGAUACACUCUUUGAGAAGAAAUUUUUCUCAUCCUUCAUCUAUGAGUUUGAAGCCUCGAUAUGCACGAAGUCCUCACUUUCAUCCUAGAAAAGAUUAUAGAUCAGACGACACAGUGCUCACUACUCCUUCUUCUACAGACUCUGUUAAAUAGAACUAUAGAUAUCUACUAAAUAACUAAUAUGUUAGCACAUGAAGGUAUGUAAUUUUGUAGCUCCUAAUGUUUAUUGAGUACUGCCAAGUCAAAAUGUCUUGGCUUUUUGAAAGGGGUUUAAAGACCUUGCACUUGUAAACAUAAAUUCUUUACACUUAGUAAACAUAAAUUGCAGGAUAAAAUCAUGGUUACCGUUUAUCAAUUGGUAUUCUUAUAUGGUGACACAGACUUGUAAUUGAGUAAUAUGCAGACUACACAUGUAUUGUUUAUUAAUGCCAUUUAAAACUGGCAUAUUUGUUUUACAAGACAAACAAAAUUCACUUUCAUCUGAUAAAUUACAAGAAUGACUAAAUGCAAUAUUAAAAGCCGUUUUUGCUAGACGGAAAAUGCAUACUGUGUUGGAUUCUCGAUACUUUAUUCAGCAUUUCUGUUUGAGCAUUUUAUAU